AUGGAAGCUCCCCUCGCUUCUCCGUCGCAACCACAUCAUGAGCUCGUCAGACGCCGCGUAGGCCCGACCUCCGCUGCCAUGGAGCUCUCCCGGCCACAGGGUCCUGCGCCAUGGACCACAAGCCACCGCCCGCGACGGAAGAUGCUAUGGUCGAGACCGCCCGCUGCUCCGUCUCUCCUGCUGGUGCUAGCUGUGUUUCUGUCGACUGCCAGCGCCGCCUUCAUCCACUUCGAGAACUGCCUCGACCCUGCCAUCAUCCACAGUACUCCAAAACAACUUCAAUUCACGCCCUACUUCUUCAGCGCUCGCUUCAACUCCACGGAUGAGAGCCACAACCUCAACAUAACAAUCUACGGGAACGUGUCGGGUCAGGCAACGCAAGGCACCUUGCCAGCUUGGAACAAUGAGUCGUACUGGAACAACCCCAACGAGACUUUUGGCAAGAUUGUGGAUCUCAGUACUUCCAACAACAAAUAUUCGACCCUCUUCGCCAAAACUAACGUCGUGACGUACACCCCUUGGCAGGCCCAGCCUUCUCGCUUCUGCGAGUCUGUGGUCAACGCUUCCUGCCCCAUUGGCCCGUCCUACUAUGCAGAUAGGUUGGAUCCGUACAGCCUGCCGGCUUUUACCGUGGCCCACGAGUAUUUCAGCACGUAUGCUUUCACGACUUUGGCAACCACCGUACGUGUGCAGUCCGGAGACAAGGGGGCACCGGAUCUGGCUUGUGUGUCGGCCAAUAUCACCCCGGACCUUGGGAGUACCAUUUCAAACGCACUUCGCUACUUGCCAGCCGUAAUCCUGAUCAUGGCCGGUGUUGCCACCGUUUUUGCGGCUAUAUUCAGCCCUUGGGGUUCGUCCGAUCCGUUCAGAUGGACAAGUAACUACGGUCGUGAUGAGGACCUGCUGCGCCUGGUGACCCCUGGAUUCGGAGAUUGCUUAGCGUACAUCCAAUUCAUUGUCCUCGGCGGAAGCCUCAGCCUCAAUUACCCAGGAUUCUACCAACCAGUUGUCAGCAAGGCCAGUUGGUCGACGCUUCUUUUCAACGAGAGUCUAGUAACACCAGGGAACAUCAGCUCCAACAGCCUCGUAGAUGGGAUGUACGUUGUCAACGGGACUUAUGGCUUGUCCAGGCUGGCGGAAUUGAUCGGUAUCGCGAAAGACCAGGACAUUUGGGCUAAUAUGGCCAUUUGGUACGUGGGCAUCACCGUCGGAGCAGUGCUACUGUGUCAGAUAUUUUUUAUGCUCCGCUGGGCUUACCGCUACUUGUCGAAUAUCCAAGAAGAGGACCUGCGCAGCAAAAAUCUCCCCUUCUCCACAGGCGUGGUGGUCCGCAUGACGUUUAACUUCUUUCUGUUGCCGAUCAUUGCCAUCUCGUUCUUCCAAUUGGUUGUUGCGGAUCGAUCGCCCUCAUCUGUCGUAGCGAUGGCUGUCGUUCUCUUGGUCGCAGUGAUGGGACUUGCAGCGUGGAUCUUCCGACUUAUUUUCACGACCAAGCCACGUGCACAUCUCUUUGACGACCUCCCGACCGUCUUGACGUAUGGCCCCCUCUACAACACAUAUUCUGAUGAUGCCGCGCCGUUCGCAUUCAUACCGGUUUUGCUGGCCUUCAUCCGCGGUGUAGCGAUCGGUGCCAUCCAACCUUCUGGAAUUGCUCAGAUCAUCAUCUUGGCCAUCUGCGAAGUGAUCUACAUUCUGACCCUCCACGCAUUCCGUCCGUUCCAGGCUCCAACAUCUAUGAACGCAUACCACACAUUCUUCUCGGUAGUCAGGCUCGUUACAACCCUUUUGAGUGUGGCGUUUGUACCAAACCUUGGCGUGUCAGAAGAUUCCAAAGGAUGGAUCGGAUACAUCAAUCUCUUUCUGCAUGCGAUUGUCCUGGUCUUUGGGUUUUUCUUGAACUCUAUUCAGACGAUCGUUGAAGUGACGGCUAGGUUGGCCGGCGCCGGUGAUGCCAGAGGAGGGCUCACCAAGGUCUUUGGCAAAAGACAGUUGUCACGUCGCACUCACCGUCGCCAACAAGGAAGCAGUAUUAACUCAAACGCAGCUAUGCUCGCGGCAGACAGGGAGUCAAAGCUGGGAAGUCGUUCACGGAGUUUGUCCGCGAGUUCUGCCGUGCUCCUCAAUCGCCACCCUGGAAUGGACAGCCGAAUGAGCAGCGGCUUUGAUCGCUUUAGCUCUGGUGGAGAAAUGAGCAAUUACGGCGGCGCAAGCCCAGAACCAGGAACGCCAGGCGGUUCUGCAACCCCCUACACACUCUUGCCCAGUGGUAGCGCAUCAGCAGGUUCACGCAGACCAACUUUUGGCUCACGUGGGUUGGACGUCCAGGAUCCGUACUACCGGCCGCCAAGGACGAAGAGAGCAACACCCGAGGCAUACGUUCCGGGUGCUCGCAGCCGGCAGUCAUGGGGUAGUAGUGACUUGAUCAAUAAGCCUUACGACGACCCCACGGACCAUGCAGAUGCAGGCGAAGGAGCCGCACAAGGAGCACCUUUCUCUCCGAGUCGAGGAAGCAUCACUCCCGCCUACUUGCGAACACAUAGGGAUGAUUCAGAUCCCGAAAUCCUAGGACCACGGAGACCUCGGGCAGAUUAUGCCGUAAGAGAAUCAGAUUUCUAUUACGGUGUGACCCGGGGGCCACCUCUGGCCGAAGGCCAACCAACCCGCAAGCUCAAGACGGGCCCUGCGGAUCCAAUGGGACCAAUAUCAUCUGCAGGAGGAUGGCUGAAGGGUCUAUUCGGGGGCAAGCGCCAGGAGAAGGGCAAGGGGUUCGAGGUCGUUCGGAGCGCAAGAGCACCGCAACUGCUAGCGCUCGAAGAAGACGAUGAGCGCGCCCCUGGAGCUCAUCACGAACCAUAUCGAGACAAUCCUGACACGCAAGCCGGGGCGCGACGUGAAUCAGCGGCAACGGACAGCUCUGGGGAAGGUGGGAUAGAGAUGGCUCGACGCGACUCAAGAGAGUCGCGUGAUUCGGAGGAGAGCAGCGAGGGGGAACACCUCAUCGACGAUGGGCAUUCGUCUGAUUCAGGGAGGCAACGAGUUUCGGAUGUUCCUCCAUCGCUGGGGCCUAUUGAAACGGGAGCGGGGAUCGAACUGCCCAGUCGAGUUGGAUCCAAGGCCAGCUCAAAGGUGUCAAAGGUGGGCUCGUUAGGGAGAGCGCCAAGCAUCCCAAGAAAGAGCUCCAAACGCAACUCCAGCCAGGAUGGCUCGUUUAUGCAAGCAGGGUCGCGGCUGUCGACAAUCGAGCAAGGACAGGCGUCAGGAGACUAUCUAAGACCGACAACGAAAGACCAGGUACCGCGUCUUCCAUUCGGGUCGUCGGAGCCGUCACCUUCGCCUGAGCGAUCGGCGGCAUCAAGCAUCCGUGGCGACGGGUCUCAGAGCGCAGCGGGCGGAGGGGUAAUGGCAAGAAGCGUGUCAGAUGCAGAGCGUCCGCUGAGCACGGGAUACGUGCACCAGCACAAGACGUCGGAGCACAUCCAACCAGGCCUCAACGACUCGACGCACUUGGGGAGUGCAGCUGAAUUUGUCCACACGCCGCUGGGGAGUCGGAGCAGCAGGCGCAGCGAAGAGUAA